AAUAACUGAAUUCACAAAACAAUUCACUAAUCAUUAGUUUACUUCAAAAACAACCAAAAAGUUUUGCGCAAACUUUUGCGGACAUCAGUGUCGGUGACAAAGACAUCGGCCGCGAAGACAUCGGACACCGACUGCCGGCUGAGCGAGUGAUUGAAGACCUAAUUGUCUGGAGACAUGUCGACCACCACUGCGUCGACCGGCGAGGAUGUGUUGGCCACCAAUGGGCUGACGCUUGUGGUUAAGUGGAGUUCCCAGGAGUACACCAUCGACUCGGUCACCACCGAUGACACGGUUUGCGACUUCAAGAACGCUAUCUAUAAGAAGACUGGUGUGAAGCCCGAGCGCCAGAAGCUCAUGGGUCUGAAAGCCGCCGGAAAGCCAGUGACGGACGACACGCCACUGUCUAAAGUGGACAUCAGAUCCAAUAUGAAGAUUAUGAUGAUUGGCAGCAAAGAGGAGGACAUCGCCGGCGUCGACCUCUCGCCGCAAGACAUACCGCAAGUGGUGAACGACUUCGACAUCGGCGAUGAGGUGGAGAUGGGAAACAUUCCCAUUCAGAAUAGGGAA